UUCCUCCCAGCCUUGGCGGCAGUGGCUGCGAAGAUCCUGUGUCCCCCUCUUCCUGGCAGUUGCUCUGUUUGCUGCCUGGGAAUCGCAGGACACUCCUCAGUCAAGGCUUGCAGGGCCGUUUUCAGUAGGGGAUUUCUAAUUUUAGGAGCCUGUGCCGCCUAUGGUUGAGCGCUGCCUCGCUGGAUCCCAGAAGAGAGGGGCUGAGCUGUGUUGAGCCAGGCAGCUCCUUUUUAUUUUCAGCUGAGCUAGUGUCAACCUGAGUGGCCCCAGAGGCCCGAGCCAAGCACUGCGCAGGGCUGCCAGAGUCCUUCCCACAAGGCUGAAAGACGGAGACUUGGAUUUGAAGCUUUCAGUCCUGUGUCCAUUUGGCCUUUAGCUGGAGGAUCUUUGGCUAUGUAUGGUGUGUAUUGUAUGGAUUACCAAUACCCAGUUGUCCAGGGUAACCAGGAGCCAGCAGCAACUCCUGAUGCAAUGGUGCAGCCAUUCACCACAAUCCCAUUUCCGCCACCCCCACAGAAUGGGAUUCCCACAGAGUACGGGGUGCCACACACUCAGGACUAUGCAGGCCAGACCAGCGAGCACAAUCUGACACUCUACGGAAGCACGCAGCCGCACGGAGAGCAGAGCACGAACACGGCCAGCACGCAGAACGGAUCUCUUGCACAGACAGAAGGAGGGGCACAGACAGAUGGACAGCAAUCACAGACGCAGAGCAGCGAGAAUACUGAGAGCAAAUCCACUCCAAAACGACUUCAUGUGUCUAACAUUCCCUUCCGCUUCCGAGAUCCUGACCUUCGGCAGAUGUUUGGGCAAUUCGGCAAAAUCCUUGAUGUAGAGAUAAUCUUUAAUGAGCGUGGCUCGAAGGGAUUCGGGUUCGUAACUUUCGAGAAUAGUGCUGAUGCAGACAGGGCCAGGGAGAAAUUACACGGCACCGUGGUAGAGGGCCGUAAAAUCGAGGUUAACAACGCCACUGCACGAGUGAUGACCAAUAAGAAGAUGGUCACACCUUACGCAAAUGGUUGGAAGUUGAGUCCUGUGGUUGGAGCGGUGUACGGCCCUGAGUUAUAUGCAGCGUCCAGCUUUCAAGCAGAUGUCUCGCUCGGCAAUGACGCCGCAGUGCCCCUCUCAGGAAGGGGGGGUAUUAACACUUACAUUCCUUUAAUCAUUCCAGGCUUCCCCUAUCCAACUGCAGCCACCACAGCAGCCGCAUUUCGGGGCGCCCAUCUGAGGGGCCGAGGAAGGACAGUGUAUGGGGCAGUCCGGGCGGUACCUCCCACGGCCAUCCCUGCCUACCCAGGUGUGGUUUACCAGGACGGAUUUUACGGUGCUGACCUCUAUUUGACUGAAGAAAUGUUAACAUCCCGCUCUAAAUCUCUCAGUGGAGUCUCUGUUCCCUUCUCUGAUAUAACAGAUGGGUUAUUGCUUGUUAUAAUUAUUAACAUUGUGGUGUGGGACAGGGCUAGGGUGGGAGCCAUUUUGGGGGGCGAGGGUGGGAGGCUGCGGGAGUUGUUAAGGUUGGAAUGUUAACUCCAGUGGUGACUGACUGUUUCCGUAAUAGCAGGUUGUUGUGGCUGCACGCUCUAGUACUUGAGGCUGUGUACUUCACUGAGCUUGUGGUAGAGCCUAGGGCGAACUGCUGUCCCAAGAGAAUGCUGGGAUGGAUAGAACUAGCCAAUAUGAGUCUGAACGUGGUGACUUUGCUGGUUGUUCUAGCUCCAGAUGUCAGCAUGCUUAGUUUUUAAUUUUGAUUAAUAAAUGUUACACCAUUCCCCCCCCGAUUCCAACCCUUCUUUUCUUCUUCUUCUUUUUGUUUUGUUUUGUUUUGUUUUGAUUUGUUUUUGUUUCGUUUUCCUUUAUGAGAGACAUGAGUUAAAAGAUAAUUACAUGAUAAGCCUUUUUGGUUUCAAACUGCAUCUUGCUGUCAUGUUCAGAGUAUGUGCCAGGCACAUUUGAAGUGGCUUCUGAUCAGAAAUGUGACUGGCAAGUGUGGGGCAGGGUGGGAAUCAGGGUGCAUGCUGAAGUCAGCUGCCCUGCAGAGGGUGGUGCCAGGAGAAAGUGCCUCUUAGCUGUGCCCAAGUAACAGAUCAAGGGUUCAGGAAGCUGAUAAACCUAAGGGAAUAACUCAAUAACAAUGAUAUAAAGUCUUGUUUUAAUUUGGUGAGAUUGCUGAAGGUUUGGUUUGGAUUAAGGCUGCGCCUCAUUGCGGUUGCCUCCAUCAUGUUUUGGUGGUGGAAAUAAUGGUGCAGUGAUACCAUGGCAAAACCAAGCUAAGGAUCCCCAAACCAUCAAUCCACAAUGCAGAGUUUGAAACAGCCAGGUGAGAUUAAAAGGGCAAAACUGCAACGUGACACCUCUUCCAGGUCACGUGGUGAUGUUUCACAGGUGUAGAUAUGGGUUGCUUUUUCUUCUGUUAACUAGAAAAUUGAAGAGGCUGCAGGUCCCUCUCCUCUGGAGUAGGAAAGGGUCUGCAAACGUUUUCGAUAGCAUGUUAGCCUUCAUGGGACUAACACAGGCCCCACAAAAGCAACCAAAAUAAGUUUAAAAUCAUAACUUCUAAUUUAAAAACUACCUAGCCCCAAACUGAGCACUGCUGAGCAAACACAGUUCUGUGGUAGAGCUGAUCUUGUACUCUUAGUUACAUAUGUGCAAAGGAUAAAUAAGUGGUAGAGGUAUGUUGAGCUGAUUCUGGAGGUGAAGACCAUAACUCUGCCUUCUGCUCCUUCAAACCCUGAAAUGUCAUUUGGAAUUAAAAAAGAAAAGAAAAGGCCAGAAACAAUCUGGAAUUUUCUGAUUUUUUUUUUUUAAUAGCUCAUUGUGUUUCAAGCAAGUCAAAGCCAUGGUUCAUUUACCAUUCCCCCUUCCCCUGUAAAUUAACAAAAAUGUGUUCAGAAGUGUCCAGUAAGGAAAGACCUAACCACGGCUUCAGAGUCCCCUUUGCUUCCUGCUGUGCCACCUUUGCCCCUGGUCUGAAAGGUGGCUGGCCUUGACCCUUCAGUACUGCAGGGUGUGCAGAGCCUGGGCCAAGCCUUGCUCUGCCCCAGGAGCUCCUUGUGGGAGUUCCAGAAGACUCACAGGUCUUUCUCUGAGUCAGGAUUCAUGUUUUGCCAACACAGCUGUAAGCACAUUUUUAGUAACUACCUCUGCUCAAUGUAAACCCCUUUGCUACAGUGUGUCGCACGGGCAGAAAAGCAGCAGCAGUACAGACUACUCUGGAAUAAUUUCCCUUGACCUGUGUCCUUUUCAUAUGGAGGGGAAGGUAGAACAGUCUGAUUGGCUUCCUUGUCAGUUUGCUUGUUGACAGCCCUGAACCCACUAGAGACUGUCUUCUCUGACCGUCUUUUCCUGACUACUCUUUGGCUUCUCUGGCUAUUGGUACUUUUGCACAUGUGGACUAAAUUAAAUUCUAGGCUUAAAAAAAGAGAGGUAAAAAAUAAUAAUAAAUAAAUGCAGGAAUUUCUCAUAAUGGUCCCCUUUCUAAAAUACACACUUCACAGAAAGUGUCCACCUCUAAUUUCUCCAGCUUAAGAGGAAGGGACCAUUAAAAUUACGUUACAUGGAAGAUUUCAGGUCUAUUCUGGUUUUCAGUUCCUCCAUGCCAAAUUGCAUUUUCUGCAGGGUUAUAACCAUGCUUAGUCUUCUUCAGUAUAUUUUUUCUGCUAAACAGAGUAGUGGAAGAGCCUCCCUGGUCCCUCUAAGGAAAGGAAUAUACAUGAGUUAAUGGGUGAUGCUUGUGAUAGACAAGACAUGGGAGCUGAUGCAGUUUGAAAUACUUCCUCUCCUUGUGAUGUGUGUGACUUUUAUUUAAUUUUCUUUUUUUUAUGCUCUGCGUGGGUGGACAGGUAUCUGUAAAGUCAGUUCUCUUCUCUC